GACUAGCAUUCUCUCUCCACCAAUCACAGCUAGUAAGAGGCGGAGAUAAUUUGUGUUGUUACCACAGAGAUGAUGUUCCGCGUUAUUACGGUUCCCCGUAUUUGUCCACCGAGUAAACGGAAUACUUUCACUGGGCAUCAGAGGAUUGUGUCGGGAAUUAAAACACCACCGUGAAAGCGUACUACAGCUCAUCAGCAAUGUUGCCAUCCAGCUUUUGAAGUUUUCAAAGGAUGCAUACAACACGUAGCCCCUCAUCCAUCCCAACAGGUGUCUCAGGAGAUGCCUUGGACCUCAGCUUGUCAGGCUCCCAGCUUUCAAUGUCCAAAAGACCCAGCAGUGCAUCUCCUGGGAAGUACUUCUCUCGGUCUGUGUCAGUUUCUGUGGCUACUGACACCAGAGGAAAACGCAACACGCUGAGUGAUGCCAGCUUUGGUAGUUCCCGCUCCAUCAAAAACCUGAGGCGGUCCAACAGCACCACUCAGGUUAAUCAGCAGGCCAAUAUCAGUUUAAGCCAGACCAGAGUGAAGGACUACCUGGCCCUGUUUGACAGCAGCUCAGAUGGACGCAAGAAACUGGCCAGUCUCAGCAAGGCCUCACCAGACAGAACCACAUGGAACAUCCUGGACGAUCAGCCCAGAGCUUUCCCUCUGCACUCGAGCUCCCGUAGCACUGGCAGCAUGGACUCUCCCACCGGCCUGAAGAAAAGAGAGCCUGGUAUCGCUUUGGCUGCCACCUUCACUGCCAACAACAGGAGCAACAAGGGAGCUGUGGGGAACUCUGUCACCACCAUCUUACACAACAACUACUCAGAGAAACCGCUCACACCUAAGAGCUCCAACCAGAAGCCGUCCUUUAAUAACAUUUUAAAAGCCACAGCAAAUGAUGAGGUGUUACUGGAGAAUGGUUCCCUCACUAAGUCCCAAAAGAAUUUUUCUUCAACGUCCUCCACUUCCAACAACAAAUCUCCAGUGUCAGCCCAGCGUGGCAGCCCUGUACUGUCUCGAAGGAGGGAGGUCACUGAGGAGGAGGCUGAAAGGUUUAUUCAGCAGGUGAACCAGGCAGCAGUCACUAUCCAGCGAUGGUACAGACGCCAUGCCAAGAGACAACACACAAACCAGGCAGCGCUAAAACGCAUCCUUGCCAGUAAAAGAAAGGAGUGGGAGGAAAGAACAGAAGAGGACAGUCGCCAGGAGCAGCAGCAAAAAAAGGACGAAGACAGGAAACGGAUUCGUGAAGAGAAAGCCCGUCUGGCCCGCCUUGCUGCCAUCCAGGAGCUGCAGCAGAAAAGAGCUCAGCGGGCUGCAGAGGUGCAGCACGUGGCUGAGGUGGAGGUGGAAAACCUGAGGCAGACUGCUGUGGUUGGACGUAAGAAGCCACCCAGAAUUUCCCCGACCAACAAAAGCCCAGCCUCACCAAGCAACAACAACCCACUGUCGCCCACAGUUGUCAAAGCCAAGAACACAGACUCCAAUUUGAACAUUGCGGCCGACUUAGGUGAGCUGAGCUUCAGAGCCAUUUCCCCAGCUCUGUCCAAUGCUAGAGGCUCUCAGUGUUCCCAGGAGCAAGAGGACAGAGCAGAGGAGGAUAUUUGCCUGGAGCAGCAUCAGGAGAGCGACAGGAAAUUGAUCCGUAAGGAGAAAGCUCGUCUAGCCCGUCUCACUGCCACCCAGGAGCUGCAGCAGAAAAGAACCCAGCGAGUUGCAGAAGUGCAGCAUGCUGCUGAGGUGGAGGUGGAAAGCCUGAGGCAGGCUGGUGUGGUCGGACGCAAGAAGCCACCCAAGAUUUCCCCAAUCAACAGAAGUCCAGCCUCACCGAGCAACAACAGCCCGAUGUCACCAACAGACAUCAAAACCAAGAACACAGACACCAAUUUGAAUGUUAUGACUGACAUAGGGGAACUCACUUUCAGAGCCAUUUCCCCAGCUUUGUCCAAUCGCAGAGGUUCUCAGUGUUCUCAGGAGACUCUGCAGAGGUCAGUGAGUGUGGAGGACCAGCGGCAGGGAGUUUUAUCCAGCAGGGCUCAGUCUAAAACCACCCUCAAUGAGCUGCUGGACACACUGAAGCUGUUAGAGGAGGAGCCAGAGAGGCUGACAGAGCCAAAGUGCUACCACAAAGAGAAAUAUGCCUGGAUAGAUGAGGACGUAGACGCCAACUCUUUGACCACUGACAACCUGGAGCGUCAUGGGCAGCUGAGCCACCACCCUGCACUGCCAGAUGGGGGUGCUUUGCUUUCUGAGGCCAAGCUGCAGAGCAUCAUGAGCUUCCUGGAUGAGAUGGAGAAGUCCGAACAGGAGAGACCACGCUCGGUUACCUCAGGAUCACACAGAGAGGCUGUGUUAUCUGAGGAGGAGCUGGCUGGUGUCGAGCAGGCAUCAGCCACCGCUGCCGAAGUCACCGGCUCCAUGAUGAGAAUCAAGCUGGAGCUGGAGGAGAAGAAGCGCACUGUGAACAUGCUGCAGGCAGCACUGGCCCAGCAGAGGGAGCUGACGAUGAGGCAUGUGAAGGAGACUGAGAAGGAGCUAAACAGAAACUUCCAGCUCCAGAAGGAACAAUAUGAAGCCACCAUCCAGAGACACCUUACUUUCAUUGAUCAGCUCAUUAAUGAUAAAAAGGCUCUGAGUGAGCGCUGUGAAGGAGUGGUGGGAGAGCUGAAGCAAGUGGACCAGAAAUACACCAAGAAGAUUGCACAAAUGCAGGAACAGCAUGAAAUGGUGUGGCAAAUUCUGGGUCCCUUGUGCGAGGAGAUCAAGAAGUUAAAAGACCUAAUGAGCGCCACAGAGAAGAUCCGCCGGGAGAAAUGGAUUGACGAGAAAACCAAGAAGAUCAAAGAGAUCACAGUCAAAGGUCUGGAACCAGAGAUCCAGAAGCUGAUCUCUAAACACAAACAGGAGCUGAAGAAACUGCGGACGCUCCAUGAGGCGGAGCUGCUGCAGGCCGACGACCGGGCGGCCCAACGCUAUGUCCGCCAGUGUGAGGAGCUCCGGCAGCAGUUGGAGAAGGAGAAGGAGGAGCAGUGUCAGAGAGAGAGGGAACUAGCCAAACAGAGAUAUGAGAAGCAACUUCAGGAGGAGGAGCUGUCCCUGCAGCAGCAGAGGAGGCGUCUCUACAAGGAGGUGGCUGAUGAGAAAGAGAGGCUGGCCCAGCUGGCUGCAAGGCAGCGAGCUGAGCUGGAGGAUUUACGGCGGCAACUGGAGGAGAACAGCUCUAUGGCUGGGCGAGCCCUCAGAGAAGAGCUGGACAAAACCAGAGAGGAGCAGGAGAGGAGACACCAGGUGGAGAUGAAGGCAUUGCAAGAACGUUUGGACAUAGAAAAGCAAACCUGGGAAGAAAACUACAAGAAAAAAGAGGAAGCAUGGCUGCUGAGCCGCGAGCGCGAGCUCAAGGACGAGCUGCGACGAGAGCGUGAUAAAGAGAUUGAGCUCGCCAUCUGGACGCUGGAGGAGGAGACCAGCAAGGACAAAGAGGAGUGUGAGAGGGCAGCUGACAACAGGGUAAAGCGUGUGAGGGAAAAAUACGAGGCUGAGCUGAAGGAGCUGGAGCAGUCCGAGAGGGCUGCUGUGGAGAAACAACAAGAGCUGAGGAAGCAGCAGAUGGAGACGGAGGGAGAGCUGAUUAGACUUCAGGGUGUGCUCAGACAGAAGGAACAGGAGAUUGAGGAUGUCACACAGACCAGGGACAAGCUGGCGGAUGAGCGCCGCAGCCUGGCGGAGGUGAUAAGGCAGGAGUUUGCCGACCGACUGGUGAUGAUAGAGGAGGAAAACCGCAGGAUGAAAGUGGAGGUGUCAGAAGUCAGGGCGAGGCUACGGCUGGAGGUGGAGAGGGUCACGAGGGAGAAGGAGGAGGAGCUGGCUGAAGUCCAUCAACGUGUGAAGUCGGCCAUCUUGAAGAAGGAAGAAACUGUCAAUAAUCUUCGGAAGCAGCACGAGGCUGCUCUGAAGAGGGCGGAUCACCUGGAGGCCCUGUGGGAACAGCAGAGGAAGCAGCUGCUGGAGAAGUGACUGACAGGAAGGAUAGCUUUUAUCCAUCUGGACCUCUCCCCUCUGCUCUGAGCUCUAACCAUUGUGUCGCUCAAGCCCCCACCUGAUUUUUUUUUUUUUUUUUUUUUUUUCCCCCCCUCCUUUUGGAUGUUGUUCCUGCCAGCAAGACUGAACCUGUGGAACUUCAGAAGGUUGAACAAGUGAAUGAACCUUGUCCUACCUCAUUUGAAAAACACAAAAUGGGGAAAUGCACUGGGCCUCACUGUACAGCCCCCCUCACUCCCAACCCCACCCUGCAACCCCCCCCCACCCCAGACAUGAAGGAACGUAUUGUGUUGGAAUUUCCCUAAUUUAAAUUCCAUCAGACCAGGUGGAACCAAAUAAAAACACUACGGAUGGACUUCCCAUUCUUCUUCUUCCCUCUUCGGAGGAGGAUUGCUGCAGUUUUUUUCUGACAACCCCCCCCCCCCAGCUCCCUCUUGCUACAUUCUGUGGGAGCAGGAAUGCCUCCAUGUUCCCCACAGAGCUGCCACAGAGAACAGUUCCAGAUGUUUCUGAUAGUUGUAAAGCAGGAGAAGGUGGGGGUCGCUCUUCCCAAGAGGGAGGCUUACAACCAAGGAUCCAUAUAGUGUCAGCAUCACAGUAUCGCUGCGAGCUUCUGCCUGAAACAAGUCAAGCUCGCAGUGCCCUCUUUUAUGUGUCGAGUCAUGUGUUUUGUCCCAGUGCCCCCUGAAGGCGAGUGCUAAUUACAGGAUCUGUAACCGCCCUGUGACCAGCUCUGAAGAGUUUGUUUUAUGUGUCUUGAACCAAAAUGUAGAUCUAACAAAGAGGUUAGAAGUAAUGUACUAACACUGGCUACAGACUAAAAGUAGAGUGCAUGUAGAAUGUUGCUAGAAAGAAAUAGGAUGUGUAGGCAACUUAAACAAGUGAAGAAAAAUGUGUCCGUUUGAGGUUAAAGGCAGAUGAUUGCCAAGCGGUUUUGAAAGUUUCUGAACGUAAGAAAGAAAGAAGACGAGAGAGGUAGAAGUAGGAGGUGGAGGGGAGAAGGAAUGCGCAUAGAAAAUGUUUAUAGGAUUAGGAAAGCAGAGCUGGGACAGAGCAGGGUGGUAGGAGGGUUUGAGAGGGCACAAGGCAUGUGACCAGAGGUAUGUUAAAAACCAUAUAGGGUUUGCCCAGCCUGAUUCAGAGGCUUGCACUGUGACAAAACGCAUCCAGCUCGACAGGGAACGGAGUCGUCACACACAUGUAAACCAUCUGUGUUUGGAUACUGUGUUUUGUAAUCAUCAGGAGCCAUCACCUCUCAGCACUUGCAGCUCUGUUGUUUUUUUUCUUAAUUUUUUCUUUCCAAUUUCUUCACCUUUACAAUGAAUGGAGAUGUGUCUCAGAGACACAAGAAGUCUUUGUGGAUAAGAUUUCACUUAGAACGGUCCAUAGCUUGAGUUUGAGAGGGGUGGGGGUGUAACAGGAGAGAAACUCUAAACCUGGAAGUAAAGCCUGUUAUUUAGGUGCAACAUGAUGUGAAAGACCACAUUCUGAUGUGUCUCUGAAAUCCCUGAAAUUAGACCUCAUAUCAGAAUAUAUUUAUUCUGCCUUCUUUCUUUAUUUAUUUUCCAAUUUAGCACUCUCACGUGACCUUUGUAGUGUUAUUGGUCCACAGAAAGGUCAAGGAUUUGAAGUAGUUCAAGUGUUUUUCAUUUCUUUUUCUAGGUCACUAAACAGUUACUUGGCAGAGCUGUAACUGUCAUGUUGAAACGUUAUAACUAUGCCAUUUUUAAAUGGUUUAAAUACAGUAUGUUAGGUUUUUCUGACAUGAAAGUUGUCCGAGCCACAGUGUAAAGGGUUCAUAUGAAGUGUAAUGUAGUGGUAGGAUAGGAUUUAAUGUAAUGCAGCAUCAUGGGUCGACAUCAGCCACCUCAUUAGAAAUCACCAAAUAUUAAAAGAAAGAAUAAAAUCCAGAUUGGAGUUUGUUAGCGGGACAGAAGUGGUUGACAUGUGUCACACGUUUCUUUGGUUUUCACGGCCACCAACUGAGAUCCACUAUGAGUCAUGAGGACUUUGGCUUGGAGGCCUGAAGGCCCCUGAAGCACCUCAGUUUGCUCGCAGCCUUUCGCUGCUCUGCUGGUGUUGGCACAGCAGACGGGGCUGCUGGCCUCGGAAACCGAGAGGGUGGCCAUGUGAGUUGGCAUUCCUAGUGCAUGCCCGUCCUACAAGUGCCAAUAAGCCUUGCCUUUGUGUGUGUGUGUGUGUGUGUUUGUGUGCCACCAUUCCUCCCAUUUUGACCUGAGAUGACCCUCACACUGUCAGAUACACACUCACACAUGCACAAGGUUCCCUCGUUGUUUAGUUGUUUUUUUUUUUCUUUUAAUUUGUAACUUUGUAUACAAGCCAUUCCAGCUGUCAGCAGUUAUUGUUUUGUUUUGUUUCCAUUUCUACAUGUGUAACCCACUGUGCCCGAACAUGUAGCUCCUGAACGCACCAUUUUCUCAUCUUUUUUUUGUUUUUGUUUUUUUUGCUUAGUUUUUAUCAUUAUUCAUGGUGAUGGUUCAAAAACUGUGAAGAAGACGGUGACUGAUCUAUCAGCAAAAAGAGAAUAAAAAGCAAAGAUUGUUUGGAA